AUGCUACGUCUUCAGAGACCAUUAAUAUCUUCAUUCACCAUAUUCCAAAGCACAAGAUUAUUCCAUACAUCAUACCCUAAACAAAAUCCACAAGCUGGUAAUUAUAAUACAGAAUUAAAAGAAAUCCCAAAACAUUAUAAUCAUUAUCAAGUACUUGGUAUAUCACAAUCAUCAACCUCGAAAGAUAUUAAACAUGCAUUUAGGAAAUUAUCCAAAAAAUUCCAUCCAGAUAUGAAUCAAAAAGUAUCACCCAAAAGGAAAAAACUAAUAACAAAUAAUUAUUUAAAAAUUGUUGAAUCUUAUGAAAUUUUAUCAAAUAAUGAAAGAAAAUCCAAGUAUGAUUUAAAUUUAAAAUCAAAUGAUCCAUUUAGGUCAAGAUCUAAUCAACAACGUGAUUUUUCAGGUAAUGUUUAUUAUCAAAAAUCUUAUAGUCCAGGUGGUAUAAAUCGUACAAGAAGUUCAAUUCAUUAUGGUCCAGGGUAUCAAAAAUGUCAAUCAACUUAUUCUAAUUUUGAUAAAAAUUCAUCACCAACAGGUUUAAAUCAUGAUGUACCACAUUUUGAUUAUGAUUCUCAUUUAAAAGGAAACCUAUCAUUUGAAAGAAGGAUGAUUAAUAAAAGAAUUGAGAAGUUAUAUCAUAAGAAGGCAGAAGAAGAUCAAUUGAUGUAUAAGAAACAUCAUGGGACCAGUGUACAUAAUGAAAUUCAAGAUUUAUUAAAUCUAGAACGUUCUGGGACUCAUAAAAGAAUGAAAAAUAAUGAUAAUACUAAUGCAAGAACAAUGUUAUUAGUUAGUACGAUUGGGAUAAUUGCAAUUGGUGGGUUGUUUCUACAUUAA